AUGCACCAGUCGACGAGUCCGGUGUCGCCAUCUGGUGCGAGCUCCGACCGUUUGACACUAUCGGACACGUCAAAGUCGCGAGGAGAGCAGCCGGCUAUCGGACAGUUCGUUUCGCACGUACGAUGAAGCGUUGUGUCUGGGCGGUAGUUUGCGCGAACAUCCCGCGAAUUUACGAAUGAAGAAAGCGUGCAAAGAGAUCGCGUACCGAGCCAGUGAGUUAACAUGAUCAGCGGCAUUCAAAGCGCCCUGAAGAAUGCCAUUGACGUGAUAGCACCCCCGGCAACACCGUUGCAAGAUUUCACCUACCAUUGGAAACAACUGAUGAACUUUUAUGUGAGUCAUCUGACCGACUGCAAGGUUCCCGUACAAAGCACCAACAUACCCCGACACUUGGACGUGUUGUUGGAGAUACUGUUGCAAGAAGAGAAAGACGGAGAUGAACCGGGUCCCUGUUUGGAGUAUCUUUUGCAACACAAGCUUCUGGACUUGCUAGCGACAUUGGCCGGCGCGGAGACGCCGCCUGGUAUGCGAACGAUUUGUCUCGCCUUUCUCAGAAAACUGUUAGGCAGAUCCAAGUAUCCUUUGCUGCAUCAUGCGUCGAUCUACACGCCAAUACAACAACUCGUGGCGCUCUGCAACGGCAACCCGCCGUCGCCGAUGGAGGCCGAAGAGGUGCAAUUUCUGCUGACGAUCUGCUUUCUGGUGUGCAAAUACCCGCACGUGACCAACAUUAUUAAUGACGCAUCGAGCGUGCAGACGGUAGGCACUUCCGCCAAACAGGAUAGCGAAAAAACGGAGAUCCAGAAGGUGACCUACGUCCCGACGAGAAAGAGAAACAAUUCCAAUCCUUUGUUCGAGCCAUUGGACACCCAAGCGAUCACCCUGGUCAACCAGAAUCUUCUCGAUAAGGAACAGAGGAGGUUGCCGCAUCAGCUCUCGAGUCAGAUCUUCAAGGAUUCGUCCGGAAGAUCGAACGGAUCAGUGUCCUCGAGGGAGGAGAGCGUAUCAUCGAGCCCUUUGGCACAAAAGUCCGUUCGCAAUUCGCCGUCGAUAGAUGUGAAGAACGGCGAACAAUCGGAAGAAAAGAACGAGGAGGAUUCUUCGGAGAACAGACUCGACAAACAUCUGCAAAGUCUGAGAGACUUGCGACUGGAUUCCGACUGCGGUACUUACAAUGACGCGACGACUUACGUAGCGGGUGAUAAUCAGAGUUUGAGGUCGCCGCCGGAAAGAUCCAAGUGUUUUCUGUUGGACGCUUUGAUGAGUUAUUUGAAUAGCGCGGACAAUACCGUGAGAAUACGAGCGUGCGAGGGAAUAAUGGUCUUGGCCUCCCUGGACGAUCUUUUGUUCGCGCAAACGGUAGCCAGGAGCGAGCUGCCAACAAUAAUCACUAGUCGACUAGAGAACUUGUUCAACGCCAUUCCGGUGCACGUGGACUAUCUGGAGAUUUAUAAUGUGGAUGUCACGUGGGGUCUAGACUCGCCAUUAUGGACUAAUGAAAAAAAAUUUCCUGGCUGCCGGCAGGUAGCGGCAUUUUUUAUGUGGUUUGACUAUUGCGACCAACUGAUCAGAGAGGCCCAGCCGGAGCUUGCGGAAACUCUGGCGAGGACUAUCAGAGUGAUGUUCUUUGAGAGAAUAGUGACACCCGGCCUGACCGAUCAUCACGUCAUACUUAUCACGGCAUUGGUCGCCAAGUGCUUCAAGGAGGUGACUUCGUCCGCGUUGUGCACGGAACUGAGUUACUGGCUGGUCGGGCAAGACAGAGAUCCGGAAAUACCGAACGUGUGGACGUCACCGGUGCUGCACAGAUUGAUAGAGAACUGUUUUACGGACAGUAACGAUCUAACAAUGGAAACGUUGAAACUGUUUGAGGAAGCGAUAGAUAAGAAGAACGAGCAUAUAUUGCAUUGUCUCUUGUUGAUAUAUUUGUCAACGCGGGCGUAUUACGAUAAUACCGCCGCUGAUAGCGCUAUCGCCUCGUGGAGCGACGAGGAGGACGAAAGGGAGAAGGAAAAGAAGGGAUCUCUGGAUCUCUCGUACGAGCAAAGUCGCAGCCGCACUUUGGCACCGAGCAAUAUCCAUCGUGUUAUCAACUGUUUUCUGUCGUUAAUGCCGCGAUAUCUGCAAGCGGAUUCCGACGUCAACAACUACGAGAAGUACAUGCUGGGUUGGGAACGUCAGUACUCGUCGAUACUUGCCGAUUGCGCGCUGAUGGCUUGGCCGUUGGAGGCGGUGAUGGUGGACGAUUCCGCGAGUUCGGAUUCGCGGCCUGAGGCCGAUCAUUGCUCGGGCAGAUUCUACAUGGGACCGUUUCUGAGCAUGCUCUUCGACAAAAUCGGCAACAUGCCGAGGCAGACGUACGAGGUCAACGUGAAGGUCACGGGAUUGAUCUCCAAAUUAGCGUUACUGCCGCAUCCCUACCUGCACGAAUUCCUGUUGAAUCCUCUGCUACCUCUGGUCCCGGGUACAAAGAGUCUGUUCCUGUGUUUGCAAAAGGUCGUCAAACAGCUCGUCAGCGAGAUACCGAAAACACCGGAAAGUAAAUCGAUACUGAAGAAAACAAGGCAGAGAUUACUGGAAGAUUGCUCCGAAGACGAGGAGGAGGAGAACGUUUUGUACGAAACGGCCGUUAUAGUGGAAGAAUUUUGCAAGGAUCUCGCGGCCAUAGCAUACGUCAAGUAUCAUUAUUCCGUUUAACAUUGGAGAAGUUUGUUGAAUCGAAUCAGUGAUAUCCCACGUUAAAGUGAAAAAAACAUAGAAAUUGAUACACAGAUCUGUUCGUUUUACUCGCGCUCCUUGUACCUCUUUUUGUUUUUUUUUUUGUUGUAUCUCGCGAAGUUAUGACCACGUACAUGUGUCCUUAUUUUAAGUGCAAAACAUUGAAGUAAAACGAACGGGUCUAAACGUGCAAAAAGAUGCACAAAUUGUCUAUUCCACGGGUCAGUUUCACCAGUUAAAUCUUAUUAACCGGUCGAUUGGUUCUCUUUGGAAUCCGAUCAGUGUGUGCGCGAUUGGAUUACUCUCAAGUUUUUGAAACUGGCCCCACUACGUACGUACGUACGCGCACACGCGUAUGUACGUGAUUACCUACAUCGUACUUAAAGUAGCGAUUUUCUGUGAACUUUGUAAGAUACAAAAACAAAAUAUAGAAUAUCAUGUAUAAGAAACACGCAAAAAAAAAUGCGUUUUA